GUGGGAUGGAUUAUAUUAAGUUGGUCCAAAUUCAAAGGAUCACUCGUUGCAAGAGGGGGUGACAGAUAAACAGGAAAAAAUGUGUGUGUGUGUGAGAGAGAAAGAGACAGAGAGAGAGAGGCAGAGAGGGACAGAAAGGGAGAGAGAGAGCGGUCGAGUCAUGCAAUCAGAUCCAGAGUUUGGCAGCAGCAGGUUGUUUCAGCCCCAGAUAUGACCCAGCUCUUCCACCCCACCCUGUCAAUCUCCAUCACCCGGCCGCUGCUCCAUAUUAUGACACCAAACGUCUCAAAGCUCAUCAUGACCGCCUCCAACAACCUAUAGCAGUUCAGUAUUUAAUGCGGCACCACAUACCUACCCUACCUCUCAGUGGACCAAUAGCAGCCUGGAUUGUAGCACGUGCACCGAGGGGAGACGGUUUUCAGUAGUAGUGGUGCGAGGCUUCGCCUGACUGGGUGUUGAAAGGCGUUGCCCCCCUCCCCGCGAUGCUCUGGAUCUAGCAUGGAUUUUGGACUUUUAUGUGACUUUUAGUCAGAGAAAGAGGAAAAGUGGGGGAGAAACCUGGGAGAACUGUGGGGACAAACAGAGGGAGGGGGCAAAACAGGAAGAAGAGUGCAGGGUGAUGGGAAACAUCAACAAAGCUUCUAAAAAGAACAGUAAAAGAAAGAAGGUAAGGAAACGUUUAAUUCCCUUCAGGUGAGAAAAAUUCAUUAGGAAGCGUAAGAUAAUGCUUUGUUUAAUUUUUUCUGAAAGUUCUCUGUAAGUUGCUUUUGGGCAACUUCCUAUUGGCCGUAACUUAAUUAAGAUUCUGUGAUGCACGAUGUAAAAUCUAUACGUUGAAAAUUGACUUUUGACACAAAAAGGUGUGAAUUAGCCACUUUCAUUGCAGUGAGUGGAAUUCAGCUAAUGACUCCGAACUGUUUAGUAAUCCUGUUGGUUCCUCUCCUCUAAGGCCACGUCACCCAUAGAACCAAGCAGCGCCCCAUUGACUACCUCCAUGCUGGGGGAUCUGGGUGGUGCAGGGGGUGUGGACACAGAGGAUGAGGAGGAAGGAGGGAGCGAGCGUGAGUUCGAUGAGCCGCUGUGCGCUCUGGUUAAGAACUGCAACGUGCUGCACAACAUAGUGGGGCCCGCUUGUAUCUUCCUCAGACAGGGCUUCGCGCAGAGCCAGCUUGACAGAGAUCUACGACCAGAGGAAAUGGAAGAGCUGCGUGAGGCCUUCAGGGAGUUUGAUAAAGACAAGGACGGUUUCAUCAGCUGUAAGGACCUGGGAGAGUGCAUGAGGACUAUGGGAUACAUGCCCACUGAGAUGGAACUCAUUGAACUCAGCCAGCAGAUCUGUGGCGGCAGAGUGGACUUUGAAGACUUUGUGGAACUGAUGGGUCCCAAAAUGCUCGCCGAGACUGCAGAUAUGAUUGGAGUCAAAGAGCUAAGGGAUGCCUUCAAAGAGUUUGACUCUGAUGGCGAUGGUCAGAUCAGCCUCGGGGAGCUCAGGGAAGCCAUGAAGAAGCUAAUGGGAGAACAGCUGAACCACCGCGAGAUCGACGAGAUCCUACGAGACGUGGACCUCAAUGGCGAUGGACAGGUGGACUUUGAAGAGUUUGUACGAAUGAUGUCUCGCUGACUGUUAAGCAAACUCUGCACUAACGGCACUAAACACACCAUGAGCCAGACUGCACACUGUUAAUGUUCUGUUCUGAUGUACAAAGACGUCUUGGUAUCUGUAAUUUUUCAGUGACCUCAAUUUCCUCUUGAGUAUAAAACAAUCCCUUCAACGUGUUACUGUUGUAUAAAUGUACACGUUUAUGUACUAAGAAUUUAUAGACUGACAACUCCGGGAGGGCUGAGUUAAACCAAAGUUGUGGUUUCUUUAGGAAUAAAUGCAAAUUUGAACAUUUAUAUUUGUAUAUACACAUAUUACUGAAUUUAAAAGUUGGAUGAAAAUAAAUCCAGUCUGCAUUUACUGAAUACUAUGGCAAUUACAUUAUCACUUAUAUUUGUUCCCUUGUUUGUUAUGUUCAUGAUUUGAAUAGUCACUAUGCAGUUUUUUAUGUUGCCUGGGUAGAUGUAACAUAAAUAUGUAACUUGAGAUUUAUUGUCAGAGUCACAUUAAUUAUCUGACUGUUGACCGUGAUUGUGUGAUGUUGUAGUACAGAUAGAAAAUGUGAAUGCUUAUUCAAUACAGCAAGAACAUCAGAUUAUACUAAACACCUUUAUUAUACACAUGCACUCAAAUGCAUCAUGUUAUCUUCAAAGCAAUCAAAUCAAAUACUAAUACUGUGUUGUCUAAUGUCUUUUUGAUACCGAUUUGACGACACAAGCGUGAUGAUCAAGUUUAAGUCCAUACACUGACAUCCGGUCUCGAAGUACAUGGUUACUUUAUGCAAGCAUAUGCACCUGUUGACUCUUUUUCUUGUACAGGUCAGAAUGAUUUAUUGUAAAUAAUAAUAAUAAUUAUUAUAAUAAAAAACCAAGUGAAUAAGACUGACAAUAAAGAAUUUUUAAUGUUCAA